AAGUUUUACAGAAAUAAUGAGAAAUAGUUCGAACUGAAAAAUAGUGUGUUUGUACACAUCAAUAUCUAUUUUUCUCCUCAUGAAUAAUGAUAACAAGCAAUUUACCAGGCGGAUUAAUUUUGAUACAUUUCUAAACAAUUCUAUUAAAACAGAAAUUACUUUUCCUAGUUACAUUCCAGUGUGACAUGUUUUCUAUUGCUAUCGUAUUUAUUUAAUAUAGUCGGUUUAGAUUACUGUAUUUGAACAAUUUAAUAAGCAGUGGAUUGGGCACUUCUUUCAUAAAAUUGAACAUUCAAGAGUUAAUUUAGGCUGGAAUAAAUAAUUCCAUAAGGAUUACAUUGUAACUUGCAAUGUUAUAAUAAUGCGAACGUGUGCAGAUCUGAACCGCAAGCGUUGCAAAUAAGGUUAAUACUUAUAUGUUAAUAAGAUUUCAAGGAAAGAACAUGUCCAUGGAUUAAACCUUAAGACAGCCUAAAAUAUGUGUACUUUAAAAGACAAGAUGACAUAUUUUUGUGAAGUAUUGUAACACACUAAUAAAAGUAUAACUAGAUGCAUAACGUAUGUCAGGAGUUUAAAAAAAACUAUCAGCAAGUGACUAUCGAUAUAUCAUUCAUUUUAAAGAGAAAAAGAAUGACUUCAAAACUGACACAGUUUAAUGAAAAUGUUCUCGAGAUCAAAGUGUUCUUCUUAAAAAGUCGUCAAAACGGAACAAAUUUGGAAGUAUAGAAUGGACGCCUGACCUAUUUCGAAAAUGGAAUAUUCACGUUUUACUACAUCUUAUUAGGACAUUGCAAAUAAACUUGGAAAUUAUGUUCUUUCCUAAAAUCCCAACUGGUAUAAGCCAAAUGGUCUAUCCAGAAAAACCUUCACCCAAGCAACCAUGGCGAGUGGGUACAGAAAACUCGGCAAAGUCCAGUGAGAGAAAAUUUCGAAUAGGAAAACAUCAUCCUGAUAAUUUCUGGCACGAAAAUAUUGAACACUGGGUUCAGUCUGACCAUGUAAACCGCACGGGAGAUUCAACACGCCAACAACAGCCUCAUAAUCGAAACGGAAAUCAAAUAAGUGCUUCCAAUGCGCAUGAGCGGAAACAGACUUGCUCAUCUCAUAAUUCGGAAACGACGGACAGCGUCGUAUUGUCGAAAGAAUUCGUGCAUCACCAAGGAUUCCAGGGAAGUCCCGAAAGCCAAUCAACAAACUUAAAAUACAAAUUUGGUAAAAAGAAGGCAACACAUUCUAAAGAAAAUCAUAAUCAACCAAGCACCUUUAAACCGAAAGGAUUUGGUAGUUUAUAUGACGAACUUGAAUUUGAAAGACGGUAUAAAAAGGUAUUUGAUCUCAAUAAACAUAUUCAUUUCGUCCAUUCUAAUUAUAUCAGCGGUCAAAGAUUAUACAAAAGAAAUAAACUUCCUCCUAUUGGACAUAUUCCAUCAGUUCAGUCCGACCCGACGGACGGUCGUGAUAUUUUCGCCAUAAUGUCUGUACAGCGUUUCAACCAUCCGGACGAAACGGACAUUCCAAUGGCGCCGGCGCACCAUCCACAUGCUGUCGACGGAAUCCCGAGAAGACACCAAGUCAAACGGAACAUUGAAAUAACUCAAAAUAUUACGGUUCCUGUCGGUUUCGUUCCCGGAACUAUCAAAAGUACGGGUAAUUCCCCCUUUGUUGGAGUAAAUGGAAAUGUUAUGCAGAAAGAAGGUGGCUACCGUCUGUCAAUGGCAUCUGUAGAAGACGACAGCGCCCUUGGAACUUUGACAGAAGAAACAAGCAGACCUGUCGGAGGUGACGACCUCACGUGUUCAGAGAGGUCUGAAAAGACUGUUAAAAGCAAGAGAUCAAAACUGUAUGUGAAUGAUGAUGUGAAAUCGAAAAAUAUUCACAAGAACCGAGUAUCACCUGAAGAAGAUCGUGUGAAAUCGAAGUCUAGAAAUACUGCAAAUGACGAACGGCCUAUAACAGGACAUGAAAACACAGUUGAUGAACAAGAACCUUUCAAUAUAUCAGUUCGUGUUGAAAUAAAAGCAAAAGAUCCGAGCAUGAACGGUGGAGAUGACCUAGAGAAUGAAAGAGCACGCGAGAGAAGACUUCCGAAUAUUGAACAAGCAGAGUCCUCCGUAAAUGACGGCCAUGGUCAGCAAACUGAACAGGGUCAUGAAAGUACAGAUAAAGUUUUGUAUCCAACAAGAAUUGAAAACGAUUUAAGCCCACGUUUGGAAGAAACGGACGAUGGUUUGAAAGUAAUUAAACCAAAAAAUAUUGCUAUGACCACAAAUCAGUAUGGCUUUAUUACACACAAAGUACAAUAUCCAGACAGAUUUGUUCUUACGGAAUCGGUAGUUGAAGAAGAUGAAAACGAAGCCGAAUUGGAAACUGAAAAUAAUAAACACGCGCUUGAUGAAAUGGAUCAGACUGCAGAAUAGCGGAGAAAAUGACGUAGAUGUAAGAUCCAUAGAGGUUAAAGGCACAUAUUCCGUGUUCCGCACUACCAAGUUUAUUGUAUAUCAAAUCAUCGCAUAUUUAUCAAAUUACAGCUACAUGAUGCACAGCUAAGUGUUUGAAUCUGCCUACGUGUGCAACAAUGCUUUUAUAGCAACUAUCCGCGUGAUCAGGGUUUCGGACCGAUGGAUGUCUUUUCAAAACUGACUAACACAUUAACAUAAAGGCUAUUACAGGAUCUUCUUACAGAUUUAUUUAAACUGUGGGAUAGUGGAAAGAGACACAAUUCCUCGACCUCACGUUUAUCGUUUUAUUAUAUUAAGCAAUUUAAGACCAUUCAUGGACCUUUUGGAAAUACAACGUCAUGAUAACUGUUAAAUUAAAUUUAUUAAGAUGAAAAGUGCAUUAGCUGAUAUUGAUAAACUGGAGCAGGACCAUAAUACAAAAUCAGGCGUUGAUGUUUUAGUAAUUUAUUACCAAACGACUAAGUGUUGUUGGUGAAUAGCCGGACAAUGUUUACUUUAUGUAUGUUAUCUUUACAAAGAGUGUCGUCGAAACGUUCCGCCGUCGAUAGAGGAGUGUUAACAGUUUGCGCCCCAAAGGGAAAUCGGUUAGGUCAAACACGAGCAGUUCUGUCCUCGGUACUGAAAAAAGAUCGGUUAUAGCCAGUGCGUAAAUCAUAGUUGUGUUUCCUUUUUAGUACUAUCGCAUAUCACUUGCAUCUCAAUCCAGGGUACCCACUUCUACUUUCAUAUCAUUUUUCGGAAAAGGAUCAUUUGUUUAUUAAAAUGUUGACGAUAGGAUAUUUCAUCUUACAUAAAUUUUCACUCAUUCUCAUCUUUUUGUCACACUUGUUACCAAACAAAAUAUAUGUUAACUUUUUCAUGUUUAAUGUUAUUUAUAAUGUUCAAGUGUCUGCACUAUGUUAAAUGUAAUGUUAUUCUUGCCUGGUGUUGUGCAAUACAUUGUCAUAAAUAA